AUGCAACGCGCUCUAGGAAGAGGGAGCGGUUCUGGUGGUUCUUCAACUGGGUCAAUGUCAACAGUUUCAAGGGAGGACAAUUUGGUGCUUUCCUCUGAGGAUUCUUCUUCCCCAGAUGAGACAGAGCUCGAGCUGGGUCUUGGGUUGAGUCUGGGUGGUGGAGGGUUCAGGCUCCUGCAGCAGCCUUCACGGCCUCAAUUCGCUAGGAUAUUGACUGCUAAGGAUUUUCCUUCUCCUGGGUCAUCAUCUUCUUCUUCUUCGCCCUCAUCCUCUUCUGCAUCGUCUUCGUCUUCUUCUCCUUCUUCCUUGAGCAGGGCUGAUGUCACGGCUGGGACCAAGAGGAGUGCUGAUUCGGUGGCUGCUGCUAAUGGUGUAGGAUUCGAUGUCCAGAUCAUAGAGGUCUUUGGUUCAUCGUUUAGUGAUCAGGUUGUAGGGUUUGAUCCCCCUGCUAAUUUAUCGUGGUGA